UCACUCGGUGCCUGACAGAACACGGAGACACCGGGAAACUGACUCAAGCCUCCUGCACUACAGCGCUGCAACCAGCGCCAGCCUGGCGUUUUGCACAGCACAGUCCAGACCGACGGUGGUGCCUUUGUAAAAGGAGGGAAUGGAUUUUUUAACGGCGGAACGGGCUCGCUUCCCCACGGCAGGCAGAGCCGAGGCGCUGCGCUCCUGUGUCGACCGGACGGGGAAUGACCCUCCCGGUGUCCGGCUCCCGCUCCUGGCCGGCGGACAGGCGGCCGUGCUCCUGGGCAACACGGGCACGUGCGGCGGGGCCGCAGAGAGGCGUCUGGAUUACAAAAACAGCACGCAGCACCCGGCCGCGCCUGGGUUCAAGGUCCCCGGCAACUUGGGUACCAUAUCCAAAACAGGCAUGGGGAUUAUCAAGACGGUCACAUCGCAGUGGCGGCACCAGGAGAGGAAGGCUCGAGUUGUGCGGUCGGCUAGCACGGGCAACCGGUAUCCCUCCUCCGACCCCUUCCCCUGCAAGAGGUCUCCCUACGGGCAGCUGGCGGCGGCGGCGCUGCGGGCUCAGCUCUUCCCCAAGCUGUCGGAGCCGGACCCCCGCCUGGAGCUGCUGCGCUCGGUCAAGCCGCACAACUGCCGCCGCAUCGUGGUGCUGGGCGCCCCGAGGGUGGGCAAGACCUCGAUCGUCCGGAGAUUCCUCCGGGAGGGCUUCGAGGAGCGCUACGUGCCCACGGCGGAGGACUUCCACAGGAAGCUGUACCAGAUCCGGGGGGAGACCUACCAGCUGGACAUCCUGGACGCGUCUGGAGAGAGGGGCUUCCCCGCCAAGAGGAGGCUGUCCAUCCUGACAGGCGACAUUUUUCUUCUGGUGUUCAGCGUGGACGACCGGGGGUCCUUGGAGGAAGUGCGGUCUCUAGCGGUCGAGAUCGUGGAGGCGAAGACCAAGCUGCUGAAAUCCAAGGAGAGCGUGUGCGUCCCUACAGUGAUCUGCGGGAACAAGAUAGACCUGGAGCCGCACCGGCGCGCCGACACCCGCGCCGAGGUGUGCAGGGCGCUGCGGGGCCGCGCCUUCUUCGAGACCUCGGCGAAGGACGGCACGAACCUGGAGGAGAUGUUCCGGGCCCUGGCGGAGAGGGGCGGGCUUCCCACCGAAACCGGCCCCUCUCAGCACCGCAAGAUCUCCAUCCGCUCCUACCAGGCGCUGCGCUCGGCUCGGCGAGGGGGCAAGGAGAACAGGGCCGGAGAGGCGCCGUACGGGGCGGUCUACCCGCUGGCGCGGCGCCCCAGCUUCAGCACCGACCUCCGGCAGGUGUUGGGACCCAGUCCGAUCAGGAAAAGAAGCAAGACUCUCGAGAAAUGUAAUAUUCAGUGAAACAAAACCUGUAACCUCGAUAUAAGUUAUUUCUUUCACUCUAGAAUAAAUUGAUUAUGCUCUUAA